ACCUGGUGGUGCUGGCGCACCUGAAUUGAUGCGCGCCCUGCAUUGCCAACGCAUCACCGUACCAAAACAAAGCCAUGUCCUCCAAUCCAUUUGUCCACGGCCGUUGGGCGAUUCACUCGCGCUCUACUAAGCCGCAUCUUCGCGGCUCCUUCAUCGGAACCCCUCUUUCUGUGCCUUGAGCGUUGUUGAUACGAUCUGCAGCCUCGGGCGCUACCUCGCUAGCUUUCGGCGCAUCUACAACGUUUGAGGCUACAGCACCGCGAAACACAUUAUCAACGACAUCACAACAGACUACAGCGCCAGCAAUACAUUCAGAGAUUGAAGCAAAAUGAAUACAGAUCCUCUCACAGGACAGCAGCUGCCUGCAAGCGCGAUUCAGCGCAUCCUCUUCAUUGCGCCCAAAGUCCAUGUCUACCAGAUUCCCCCCGCAACGUCCACGAAGGGGUAUCAAGCCUCGAGCUGGACCGCGAACAACAACAAAAUGCAGAUCUUCACUGCGCGGAUACGCAUCGUGGAAACCUCGAUUCCACCAGAACGCGAAGACGGCGACGAAAAAGUGUCUACCAUGAUCCUACUCGAGGACUCUAAGACCGGCGAUCUCUUCGCCGCUGCACCGUAUACAAGUGAGAGAGCUGUAGAACAGGCGCUAGACAGCAGUCGCUUCUUCGCCAUAACAGUAGUGGGUGAGGGCAGGAAAGCAGUGCUAGGCAUGGGAUUCGAGGAGCGGAGCGAAGCAUUCGAUUUCAGCAUCGCGCUGCAAGACGCGCGCAAGGCUCUCGGCUUCGAACCGAAAUCGUCUGGCCCACCUGGCGCGAAAGCAAAGUCGAAGAAGGAGACCGAAGAGCCGAAGCGCGACUUCAGCCUGAAGGAGGGCGAGACAAUAUCGAUAAAUCUGGGCGGGCUGAAGGGAAGGCGGCAGAGACCAGAUACAGAGAAGAGCCCGGGGGAGCAGAAGAGUGAGCAGGAGGCGUUGUUUAGUAUUGCGCCGCCGCCGGGCAGUGGGGGCGCGUCAUUUUUGCCUCCGCCGCCGAGUGCGAAGAGUGUGAAGGAGGAGAGGCGGCGGAGCAGACAGAAUUUUGAGCCCACGCCAAAAGAUCUGGGCUUUGAUGACGGGGAGUUUGGCGAGUUUCAGUAGUGCUGCAAGAGGAGGACACAUAGAAAGGAGGUGGGUUUUCUGCAUACAUGGAGUUCUGCAUAUUACUUUAGACCGACGAACCACGCAUUGUACGUAC